UCUCUCAAUAACCUUCUGUUCAACUUGGAGUACCGUGGUUCAGCAACUGAACAGAUGGAUAAUGGAGACUGGGGCUAUAUGGGUGAAAAAGUCUUAAGACUUGUUCAGCUGAUUUGCUGUUAUUCUUGAAUGAGAUUUUGAAAGCGAGGAGCACUGAUGGACCUCAUUCACAUAAACUUGUUCUUCAGGAAAUGUCUCUGAUUUCAUUUCCUCAUCUGUAAAAUAUGAAAAAACUUGUUCCUCAAGUGCAAAAGUGCCUUCUAUGACAGUAGCCCUGUUAAGAUUUCUAAAGCAUUCUCAAAAUGUGCUUUCUAAAUGUUGUUAUCCUGUCAGCUGUGCCUUGUUGCUAGGCUUGGAUUUGUUCAGGUUUAAACAUCACUGAAAGACUUCAAAUGGGAGAAGUGAGGUUCCUUCCAGAGCCACCAGUUCUCAAGCAGUAUUUGCCAUGUGCCUUGGUGAACCUUCUUGUCGUGGCUUGAUAAACUCUGCGAUUUCUCUCUUUCUAGAUGACUGAUCCAGUCACGCUAAAUGUGGGUGGACACAUGUACACGACAUCCCUCACAACUCUCACCAGAUAUCCUGACUCAAUGCUUGGGGCCAUGUUCAGGGGAGACUUCCCCACUGCCAGGGACUCUCAGGGCAAUUACUUCAUUGACAGAGACGGACCACUUUUCCGUUACGUUCUUAACUUCUUAAGGACCUCAGAGCUAACUUUGCCACUGGACUUCAAGGAGUUCGACCUACUUCGGAAGGAGGCGGACUUCUAUCAGAUUGAACCUCUGAUUCAGUGUCUCAACGACCCCAAGCCUCUGUAUCCUGUGGAUACCUUUGAGGAGGUGGUGGAGCUUUCCAGCACCCGCAAGCUGUCCAAGUACUCCAACCCGGUGGCUGUGAUCAUCACGCAGCUCACCAUCACAACGAAAGUCCAUUCGUUACUGGAAGGCAUUUCAAACCACUUCACGAAGUGGAAUAAGCAUAUGAUGGACACCAGGGACUGCCAGGUUUCCUUCACUUUUGGGCCAUGCGAUUACCACCAGGAAGUGUCUCUCAGAGUGCAUCUUAUGGAGUACAUCACAAAGCAAGGCUUCACGAUCAGGAAUACCAGAGUUCAUCACAUGAGUGAGCGUGCCAAUGAAAACACAGUGGAGCACAACUGGACUUUUUGUAGACUGGCACGAAAAACAGAUGACUGACUCUGACUCCACAGGAGCCGUUUCAGUUAUUAGUGACUUAAUUGAACAGUAAAGCCAAGAGAGUCUGGAUUUUGGCUGACGUAACACUGCGGGCUUUUUUUUUUUUUAUAUAUAUAUAUAUGAGUAUUUAUUGUUUAUCAUUAAGGACUGGAGAAGUUUCAUUCUCUAGCAGUUCUGUCCUUUCAUCCAGAAUAAAAACAUGCAUGUGCCUGUUCAGUCAAGACACCUUUUUGUUUGAAAGAGGGAGUCCGAAGAAUUAGUGCAGGAGGGUAUUUUGUGUCAUUAACACAAUUCCGACGCAACUUAAAGUGCUAAAAUUACCUCAGUUUAAAUGGUUUCUAAUCCAUCUAACCCUGUGCCACUGGGAGCAAGAAACAAACGGAAUCUAAGAGGCAGAUGGCGAAAGGCUGCUAUCACAUAGACUAAUUUAGCUUCUAAAUCAAUAAACAGUAUUGUGAUAUUCUAGGAAAAAAAAUCCCACCCUUUAAAAGUACUUGAUAAGUACAGUUUCGUACAGUUAUGACAACUGUUUCUUUCUAUGCAUAUAAAUCAAGCAACCAAAUACUAUCUGUAGCCAUGGAAAUAUGAUUAGAAAUAUUUAUAUUGGAUUCUGAAUGCAAAAUGUCCCUGUGGUAGAAUUCAUAUUUUUAAUGCCUGGUGCAAUAUUAUUCCCAAGUGUAAUGCCUGCCAGCAAGAAGCUAAUAAAAAUGUGAAAUAUAGAAUACUAUCUUGUAUUUUUUGUCUUCUAGAACUCUAAUACUUAAUAAAAACCCCAAAGGCUGUUUUUCAGCGCUGCAGAAUAGCACAGAUGCUUUGCUAGGGCUCCAUUCUCUUUCACUACUGACAUACUUUGUUCCUUUUUGUCUUAACUAAUUGAUCAAGCUGUCCUCAUCACAGGAAAACAAAAGUGUUUGGAAAACGAGGCAUUUUGACCAACAGAGGGAUGGCAAGGAUUCGCACUUUCUGUAGAGAUAAAGGGAACACAACACCUAAAAAUACUUGUAGCUGCAUUGUUAUCCCAUUUUAAUGAUCUAUCUGAUAGCUGCUUAUAUCACAUACGGAUUUUUAUAUAUGUAAUACAAAUAAGAUUCUGUGUCUUUAACUA